AUGAGGUCGAGUUCGCAGGCUCUUCUGUUUGGAGCUAUGCUCCAGGUUACGAAUGCAAUGGAGAUGGCUCACGCCGUCCAGAGGAACAACGUACGCGAUGUACCAGCAGCAAUCACAGGAGCCCCAUUCGGUAUCAUUCACGAAGCAGAGCUCCUUGUCGGCCACGGCGGACUUGAAGCACGACAAGCGGCCUCUUCGACUUCGAGUGAGCCUCUGGUGGUUACUGUCGCGCCCGACGCAACGUGCGGGUACUUGUCUGGGCAAGCCGGCGCUGCAGUCACCUGUGACAAUGGUCGCGCAUGUUCAUGGGCCCCUGUGAGUCGUACCGGUAUUCUUGCUUGCGGCCCCGAGGGUUAUCUCCUUUGCGUCGAGUCUAGUAUAGCUGUCAAUCCCAGUUCAUGCGAUGACGUGUGUCAGAGUAACACGUUCUAUCUCAAAUGUACCGACUCCGAUCGGCCUUUCUGUCGCACGUAUCACUACCCAAGCGGUGUCGCCGACUAUCGAUGUGCAUCCACACCCGUCGAGAAUAUACAAUCUGUCGAGUUCACAUAUGACGGCCAGAAGAAUGCCAACUUCAAGACUACAACUCUCAGCGAUGGCAUCGCAUCAGAGUCACUAUCGGCUACCGACACUGGUAGAGGCUCUGCUGAGCAGGCAAGCUCGACGGAGACACAAACAGAAACAACGACUACUUCAGAAGCUCCUGAGCCUACAAAGAAGUCCAAGUCAACACCUGUCGGUGCUAUCGUCGGAGGUGUAGUUGGUGGUGUCGCUCUCAUUGGCCUCAUCGGUCUUGGUGCCGUCUGCCUGCUGCGCAGACGCAAAAAGACUGAACCUGCUCCAGCACCAGCUCAACCCGUCAUGGCUCAACAACAAGCUCCUCCUCCCGCCCCCAUGGCUCAGAACCCGUACCCUCAGCAACAGCACUACCAACCAGCUGCACAGCCUUAUCCUGACCAUAGCAUGGCGGCAUCUCCUGCACCAUCGGAUGCUCGUAUAUCGAUGAUGAGUGGACCUAUGUCAAGCGUUGGACCAGCUUCACCUAUGGGAUGGAAUCAACAGCCUUCGCCCCCGCCGUUUCACACACCUGCGCCGGCUUAUGAGAUGGCAGGUCCUGAGGCUCGUGAGCAGGAGCCGGUGUAUGAGAUGGGUUCUGACUCGCAUGUGAAGAAGUGA